AGCUUGCGUCUUCCAAUAAAAACUGGGGGCGUGGGUGGGCGGAGCCGGAAGUAGAGCCCAGCCGAGAGGCCCCUGUCCGGCUAGGGAGGAGGGAAGGGGGAGGGAACUAGAGAGGAGGAGGAGGUUAGCCUAGGCAUCUACGGCGGCGGCGGCGGCGCAGGGGCUGGUACGCGCUGGGCGGCGAGAGCCUCAUGGCGGAGGAAGAGAGCGACCAAGAGGCCGAACGCCUCGGAGAAGAGCUUGUGGCCAUUGUGGAGUCCCCGCUGGGCCCUGUGGGGCUUAGAGCUGCGGGCGACGGUAGAGGCGGUGCUGGCAGCGGCAACUGCGGCAGCGGCGUCGGAAUCAGCAGUCGGGAUUACUGCCGACGCUUCUGUCAGGUGGUUGAAGAUUAUGCUGGAAGAUGGCAGGUCCCUUUGCCACAGCUUCAGGUUCUUCAGACUGCCCUUUGUUGUUUUACAACAGCCAGUGCAUCAUUCCCAGAUGAAUGUGAGCACGUACAAUAUGUUUUGAGUAGCCUUGCUGUGAGUUUCUUUGAGUUGCUGCUGUUCUUUGGAAGAGAUGAGUUUUAUGAAGAGCCCUUAAAGGAUAUUCUUGGAUCAUUCCAGGAAUGCCAGAAUCACCUCCGCAGAUAUGGAAAUGUGAAUCUGGAACUGGUGACUCGAAUCAUUAGAGAUGGUGGCCCAUGGGAAGAUCCAGUGUUGCAAGCUGUCCUUAAAGCUCAGCCAGCAUCUCAGGAGAUAGUGAACAAAUAUUUAAGUUCUGAAAAUCCACUGUUCUUUGAACUACGUGCCAGAUACCUAAUUGCUUGUGAACGCAUACCCGAAGCAAUGGCUCUUAUUAAAUCUUGUAUAAAUCACCCAGAAAUCAGUAAAGACUUAUACUUCCAUCAAGCACUCUUCACAUGUCUGUUUAUGUCACCUGUAGAAGAUCAGCUAUUCCGGGAGCAUUUAUUGAAAACUGAUUGUAAGAGUGGAAUUGAUAUCAUCUGUAAUGCUGAAAAAGAAGGCAAAACUAUGUUAGCCUUGCAACUCUGUGAAUCCUUUCUUAUUCCACAGCUCCAGAAUGGGGAUAUGUACUGUAUCUGGGAGUUGAUUUUCAUAUGGAGUAAACUACAGCUUAAAUCUAAUCCUUCAAAACAAGUUUUUGUAGAUCAAUGCUACCAGCUUUUAAGAACAGCAACUAAUGUGAGAGUCAUAUUUCCUUUCAUGAAAAUCAUCAAAGAUGAGGUUGAAGAAGAAGGCUUGCAAAUUUGUGUUGAAAUAUGUGGUUGUGCUCUACAACUCGACCUUCAUGAUGAUCCCAAAACUAAAUGUCUAAUUUAUAAAACAAUUGCACAUUUUUUGCCAAAUGAUUUGGAGAUCCUCAGGAUUUGUGCACUCUCAAUAUUUUUUCUGGAGCGCUCCUUAGAAGCAUAUCGUACUGUUGAAGAGCUUUACAAACGUCCAGAUGAAGAAUAUAAUGAAGGCACAAGUAGUGUUCAAAAUCGUGUUCGUUUUGAAUUGCUUCCAAUUUUGAAAAAGGGAUUGUUUUUUGACCCUGAAUUUUGGAACUUCGUAAUGAUUAAGAAAAACUGUGUAGCAUUAUUGAGUGAUAAAUCAGCAGUUAGAUUUCUAAAUGAAAGCACACUGGAAAAUAAUGCAGGUAAUCUAAAAAGGACGGAGGAACAGCAAGGUUUGGAUGAAGGGUUUGACUCUCUUACAGAUCAGAGCACUGGAGAGACUGAUCCUGAUGAUGUAUCUGGAGUGCAGCCUAAAGGUCAUAUUAAUACGAAGAAAAAUCUUACAGCUCUUAAUACUUCCAAAGUAGAUCACAAUGUCCCAAGGCAUCGUUGUAUGUUAUGUAACAAGGAAUUUUUAGGUGGUCACAUUGUAAGGCAUGCCCAGGCUCAUCAGAAAAAAGGCAGUUUUGCAUGUGUAAUAUGCGGUAGGAAAUUUAGAAACAGAGGACUUAUGCAGAAGCAUUUGAAGAAUCAUGUUAAGAAGAUACAGAGACAGCAAAUUGCUGCAGCUCAACAGGAUGAUCAGGAAGUCACUGCUUUGGAAGAAAUAAAUUGUUCUAGUUCUUCCAUUUCAUUUGAAAGUGGGAAUUCUGAUAGUAAGGAUUUGGAAGUGGAGACACUUACUGCUUCUAGUGAAGGAAACAAAGAAGUCAUCCCUGAGCAUGUGGCUGAAUUCAUUGAAAUUCCCAUAAGUGUACCAGAAGAUGUUAUUGAAAAUGUUAUUGAAAAUGGCAGUCCUAAUAAUUCUUUAAAUAAUGUUUUCAAGCCUUUAACUGAAUGUGGGGAUGAUUAUGAGGAGGAAGAGGAUGAAGAAGGUGAUUAUGAAGAAGAUGAUUAUGACCUGAAUCAAGAAACUUCAGUAAUUCAUAAAAUCAAUGGGACUGUGUGCCAUCCAAAAGACAUAUAUGCCACAGAUCAAGAAGGAAACUUUAAGUGUCCUGCUCUUGGCUGUGUCCGGAUAUUUAAAAGAAUUGGGUUUCUAAAUAAACAUGCAAUGACCGUACAUCCAACCGAUUUAAAUGUGCGACAAACAGUAAUGAAGUGGAGCAAAGGAAAAUGCAAAUUUUGUCAAAGGCAAUUUGAAGAUUCUCAACAUUUUAUAGACCACCUUAAUAGACAUAGCUAUCCAAAUGUGUAUUUUUGUUUGCAUUUUAAUUGCAACGAGUCGUUUAAGCUGCCGUUCCAGCUUGCCCAGCACACAAAAAGUCACAGGAUAUUUCAGGCUCAGUGUAGUUUUCCAGAAUGCCAUGAGCUUUUUGAAGAUCUUCCUCUGCUAUAUGAACAUGAAGCUCAACACUAUUUAAGUAAAACACCAGAGUCAUCUGCACAACCAAGUGAAACAAUUCUUUGGGAUGUUCAGACAGACUCAAAUCCUAAUCAGGAAAAAGACUCAUCUAGUAAUGAGAAACAAACUAUUAGUCUGCCAGUUUCUACUAGCAAAUCAAGGAAAGAGUCUACAGAACCAAAGACAUGUAUAGAAAGUAUGGAAAAGAAAACAGACAGUUUAGUUCAGAAUGGAAACGAACGUUCUGAUGACACUGUUUCAAAUAUAAGCUUGAUAGACCAAAAGAUGCCUGACAUAGAGCCAAAUUCUGAAAAUAAUUGUAGUAGUAGUGAUAUAAUCAAUGGACACAGUGAAAUAGAGCAAACACCUUUAGUUUCAUCAGAUCCUGCUUUGAAAAUUGAUACAAACAGAAUCAGGACAGAAAAUGGUUCCAUUUUACCCAGUGUUGUACCACAAGAACACAACACCUUGCCAGUAUCUCAGGCACCUUCCAAACCAAAUCUGACAAGUGAACAUACUUCAUAUGGCUUAAUUUUAACAAAACCAUACGUCAGACCAUUGCCUCCCAGUUACCUUGAUGAACGGUAUCUUAGUAUGCCAAAACGCAGAAAAUUUCUGACUGAUAGAGUAGAUGCCUGUUCUGAUCAAGAUAACGUGUAUAAAAAAUCAGUGAAAAGAUUAAGAUGUGGCAAAUGCCUGACCACCUACUGUAAUGCAGAAGCACUUGAGGCUCAUCUUGCACAAAAGAAAUGUCAGACACUCUUUGGAUUUGAUUCAGAUGAUGAAAGUGCCUGAUGAAAAUGUUUCAGAAAGAUCUGUCAAUCAAGCAGUAGUGUGAAAAAAGCACUAUAAGAAAAUGCAUCAUCAGUUUGCUAUUUCCCUGAUGGCCUUAAUUUUAGAGUGGUCUCGGAUUACUAAAGAUAAAGACAAAGCACAUUUUCUAGAAUGAACUCACAGAGAUGUGCUGGCUUAGACUCCAAAAGGGUUAUUAUAAAACUCCCAAAGUACCAGUUUUCCAGAAAACCACAUUUUACAGUUUAUGAUGAUUAAUAGCAGCAGCAUGUUCAGUUUCGCUUAUAUGAGAAACAUGUUUAGGCAACUAGUCAGAAAACCAGCUAUGGCCUUACAGAAAGGGAAGAGUUAACCCAUUAUUAAAAAGUGUGUGUGGGGAGGGGGGCUGGUUUACAAUAAUAAACCAUUUAAAGUAUUUUAUUUUACAAAUGGGGUUUUUUUUCUUGUCAUGCAUAAUCAGAUUAUGUCCCCUCCCUUCUGGUUAAACAUGGUUUAAGGAACCGCUGCUGUUUGGUUUGUGAUUGAUUUAGAAACUUAUAUAUUAACUUACCACAGUGCUAUCAAUUAAAGAUUGUAACUGGUUUCCAGAUGAUUAAUUAGGUCAAAGUUCAAUGAAUGGCACGCCAGCAUUGAAAAUUAAAAAACAAAACAAAAAAAACCACAGUGCUUUGCUAAUAAGCUCUUGAUAGAACCUCUCACUAACCACUUUUGUGGUACAAAUUAGUUACAUUUAAAGGGCAGCAGUGUCAAUAAAAUAGAAAAAAAACCGAUCAGUACUCUGGGGAGAGAUGAAAGGAAUCUAAGACUUUACGGGCUUUGUAGUUGAAGGAAAACACUGAAUUGCAAAUUAUUCAAUGUGAAUAAUGGUAAAAGCACACUGGGAUACUUCUGUUUGUGUAUAUGUUGGGACAUUGCUUGAUGAUUCAUAGUAAGGUCCUUUAGACAUUAAUGUGAGUUAUCUAAGUACAGUCCUAUUAAAAUAACUGGCUCAAAAAAUCAGCUAAGAAUCAGGUUGAGAAAUCAUUCAUUUUAUUCUAUUAGGAGAGGUAAUUCCAAAAUAAGCCAUACUAUUCCUGUUUUUUUAAUUCAUUAGUGAUGACUCUGGUCUGAAUAGUAAUUUUUAUAUGUAAAAGGAAGUAUUUACACAAAACAUUUGCACAAGAACACAGUAAGAGAUACAUUCAAGCAUUGUUUUCCUUAGUGAUGUUAUUUUCCUAAGAAGAUUUUAACUUAAUAAGUGUUAAAACAAUAAAUAUUUUUAAAAAUACCCUCUCAGAUGUUUUCCAUUUGUCCAUUAUUGAAAGGAAGAUGCUUAAAGACUUCCUUUUACCUAAUAGUGUGUAAAUCUAAAACAGGGAUAAAAAUAACAAAAAGGCAGUGUUUCAAAACAGAUCUCCUAAUGUCCCAAUGUCAAAUAUUCCAGUUAUUCUAAAUAAUAAAAUCUUUGUUCAAGGCAGAUAAUCUCAUCAGACCCUAUUAGAGCUUCUUGAAUGAGGCUAUUACGGAAGUGGGGAAUUUCUUCCAGGUAGCAUCCAUAUUUUAUUAAAUUAGGAUUUCCAGAUCAUGAUAGAUCCGAUGAUUUUUUUUUAAUUACCCAGUUUUAUUGGUUUAUCAUCAGCAUUCACUACUAUGCAAUGAUGGUCAUAAGUCCAUUCCAAAUUUAAAUUUGUUUCUGUUAUGUAGCCUACAUUAGGCUGUGGAAUUUACAUUUAGGUAACUAAACACAGCUCAUAAUUAAAAUCUUUUCUUUAAGGUCAGCUAAAAAAAAAUGUUUUCUGUAUUUCUUGAUACUAAAAAUGUAAUGAUUUUUAUUUUAGUUCAUUCUAAAAGUAUGUCUUGUAAUAAAAAGUCUGUUUGGAAACUGGUUCAUUUGGACAGUGAAGUCUUUUGAAAUAUUUCUGCUUUGUACAUUUUCCAGAAGUUUAAUAUUUUAUCACAUUUUCCACAAGUUGUAACAAUUGAUAUAAAUCCAUGCCCACAAAGUAUUCCAUUUUCAUUACUUUUAUGUUCAUGCCAAGAUGUUUCAAAUAUAUUCCAUUUGUAAUCUAUCUUUAACUUGAGGUUUAUUUCUACUUUUGUGUUGCUAAAAUUAUUUCUGAAAGACUGAGAUCAAACUGGUUUAUAUAUAACUAAAUCAAGGAAUGUUUUAUAAAAUUCUAUUUGACCACACUGUCUUAACCUCGGUUUAUAUACUUCUCAAAUAGCUAUUGAAAGAAUGUGUUCAUUUUAUUACAUCUGUCUUUUAAAACAUAAACCUACAUCAUUUUGCUUUUAUAGGGUGCAUAAACUUCCAACAGUUCUAAUUUGAGUGCUUCAGAAGAAAAGGAAGCUUGCUUCUUAUUCCUCAGAUUCUUCUUUUUUUCUGUUUUGAGGAUGUAUUCAUCCUACAUGGACCAAGUUUCAAAUCUUUGUUUUUAAAUAAAAAUUUCCUUCAAAAAAUUAAAUGUUAAAUUUCUGCUGUGUGUCAGUAAGGUGAAGAAAAUAGCAAAUCUGAAUUUUUGCUGCUCAGAUAUUAUGGAGGAGGUAAAAAGGGGAAUCUCCGUGGACAAGGACACUGGUACUUUGGGCUUUAGCCAUAUUCAUUUUUUUGAAACCACCAAUUAUAUAAUACUUAAAUAAUUUAUAUCAUUGAACUUGUGAUUCUUUUCAAAUCACACUGAAGGUUCAGCCGUACUUCUUUCAUGUUUGGUUUAAUACUGUUGUAUGGAUGAAAAACCUAAAAGGGAUGAUAGUGUUUAUUUUUUAAUUUAUUUGGUACUGUAAAACACCUUUUCAGAAUGAGUAAAUGCUGCAUAUGCAUUUUGGAGUUGUUAAUAUGUGAAAGAUUACAGAUUCAGCAAGAAAGGAAAUUUGUGCUUCCUUGUUGAAUGUUAAAUUAUUUUACUUUGCAUUUUAUAAGAGUACAAAUUAAAACUGAGCCAUUGAACUGCAAUAAAUCAACAAUAGUGUCUCAUUUCAAGAAAUUUUUUGUACUGUACAUAGAUUUGUUCAAUAAAACGUCCUUGUUGGUAA